UUUAAGACCGUCCGCCAGCGAGUGUUGUGUCGGGGCAGAGCCUCCUCCACGGUCUCGUCUGCUCCGGCUAACUUUAGCUGACUGACCCGCUUGGCUUCGGAAGCGGAACGGAUUUCACGGAUUAACAAUGUUUUAUUUUUUUUAGGUCCAAACGACGUUAACGACGACCCCGCCGGAUGGUGAGCUGGAGGACAUAUCUGCUACGGGGAGCCGUCAAUGCGAAGAGAGAGAGGAUCCAUGGCAAAGUGGUUGAAGGACUACCUCAACCUUGGCACCAGGCGUGACCCUCCACAGCCCCCCAGGCCAGAUUACAGUGAAAGUGAGAUUCUGAGGGCCUACAGAGCUCAGAAGGAGCUAGACUUCGAGGACCCGUAUCAACGCUCUGAUAAGGAGCAUCAGAAUGGUGGUUUCAGCCCCAGCAGUGCCACAGUGAGCCUGCCCUCUUUCCCUGCAUUCGGUUCACUGCUGCCCAACGGCGUGGAGGUGAAAGUGGUGUCUCCCAAGCACAGACUUAUUAAAGUGGACUCUCAGGAGUUUGGCUGCUGUAAAGUGCCCCUAAAUCCUGAGACUAUUCAAGAGGAACCUGUGAUUCCUUCUGCCCCGGCAGCGUUGGACGCUGACACCGACUACUCUGAUCCAUUUGAUGUCCGUCUAGACCCAAGAGGCCGACCAAACUGGGAGCCCAAAUCUGCAUCAACAGACUGCUGCAGCUACAUGGAGCCAUUUGAAGCCCAGCGGAUUAUCUCAGAACUGCAGCACAGCAUUAUGAAUAACAGGUCUGGGAGUGCCGACGGCGGCCAGUUAUACGAUAACCCGUACGAGGAGCAGCCUCAUCACUACCACCGAGCUGCUGCCGCUGCUCCACAACAAACUCCGAGGGUUGAGGUUGGAUUCGCCCUGAUGGACGGCAGAGAGAGCAGGCUGCCUCAGGAUGACGAGAGGCCCGCUGACGAGUACGACCAGCCCUGGGAGUGGAAGAAGGACGACAUAUCGAAAGCUCUCGCAGUCCAGUUUGAAGGGGCAGAAAGGGAGCGCUCACGAGCUCAGACGGAGCAGACCCGGCUCACCAAGACGGGCACCACGUCGUCCACAGCCGACUCGACUACACUCCUUCUGGUUGGUGACACGCCUCCUCGCCUGGGAGAGAGAGUGGAUCCAAACAUGCCACUAGAGAGACAAGUGUGGUACCACGGGUCCCUGAGCCGCUCGGAGGCCGAGAGUCUCCUGACUCUGUGCAAGGAGAACUCGUACCUGGUGAGGAACAGCCAGACCUGCCGGAACGACUACUCGCUCUCACUCAGGAGCUGUAAGGGCUUCAUGCACAUGAAGUUCACUCGCUCUGCAGAGGGCCGCUACGUGCUCGGGGAGAACAGCCCCCCCUUCGCCACCAUCCCCGAGGUCAUCCACUACUACACCACACACAAGCUGCAUAUCAGAGGAGCCGAACACAUGUCCCUACUGUACCCGGUCACGGUGCAGACCCUCUGACACCGACCCCGCCCACACGCCCUUCCUCCUGGUGCUACUGAAUACAAUGUAUAAUCAAUAUUUACACUAGUUUCCUUCCUACAUGCCUUUUUAAAAAAAAAAAAUUUCCUGAACUGCCCGCAAGAGAUUGGACUACUCCAUUAGCCCAACAGCUACACUGGAGCUCAGUGCCUCGGUGAAUAUCGUCUGUGAACUGGUGUCGUCACUGAAAUCCUCUUUUUAUGUUCAUACCACGGACUCCUGAAAAUCAGUUAUCAAUGAUAUUAAGCUCGGUAGCUUACUUUUAGGUAAAAUAAUAUACAGAAUACUGCAUGGAGAUGUGUCUGUAGAGCAGAAAUAUACCAGAUCACUUGAGGGAUUAUAGAGUUUUCUCUUCUCGGUUAAGCUUCCAGACGCAAGGCAGACGUUGUUUUGAUCUUUUCUUGGUGAAGACAAAGGAAAGAAAGAUGGAGCCGAUUUUAAAACUAGAUGUAGACCGUAAAGAAGGAACUGUUUUUAAAAAUGCUGUAACUGCGAACGACACGACGAUCAUCCUUCAAAACCAAACGCUCCACAAACUGUGACGGUUAUAUAUCUGUGUGUGUGUGUGUGUGUGUGUAUAAUUUCACCUGGUAGCCUGCAAUGCUAGUUUAGAGGAUCAUAACUCCAGUAAUUAUAUUGGCUUUGUGAUCACGACUGUUAAAGGAGCUUUUGUUUACUGUUCUGUUUUUAUAAGAAUUUAAAUGUCCCUUCUUUUUUUUUUUGGAAAUAAAAGGUGUGUUGUUUUUAAAUAG